UGCCAACCAAUAGAAAGAAAGCACUUAACUACAGUGGGAAGCAAGGAGUCAAGUGAUUAUGUAACGGAGGUGGGGACCAUUGUUUGUCGCAAAUCUUGUCCUGUGAAUGCAAUCUUGGGAAAAUCGAAAGAGAGGAAAGUCGUCAAUCAAUAAUGAAAAAGAGAAGCCGCCAUUGGACGUGCGGAGGGGGAACGUUGUUCUCAACGAGGAAACGGGGUACUACUCGACGUCAUACAUACGUCAAGUUCUGCUCUGGGUGGAUUGUCUUGUCCCCCGUUAUGUUCUAUGAUUUCUCUCUAUCC